AUGGCGCCCUUAUGUCUACCAAAAGCUGAUCUUCAUUUUUUAUUUAUUAUUUGAUUAUUCUUCUCUUCUCUCUCUAUAAAUAAGAAGAAGAGAAUCCACUUAAUUCUAGUUUAUUGGUACUCCGCUCCCUCGGACCAGUUUUUUCCCCCUUUAAUCUUCUGUUCCACCAAACAACAACAACCGAGCAACUAGCAAGCUCCCCAAAAGAAAUCAUCCAUUUAUAACACUCAAUUCAUUGAUUUAUCAUAAAUGGGCAAGGACAAUAAUCAGGAAGUAUGCCUGGAAAUGGAGAGCGGGGUGGGAUCAUUAUCCAGAGUAGUGCCAAUUAAUGUCAUCCUUAAUAAUGAUGAUAAAGAAACCCGGGGUGAUACUAAUACCUACAUCCAAACCCCCAACAUCCAUGAUGAUGCAUCAUCCUUUGCAGAUCCGCCUUCCGGCCGGAGCUCCGAGCCGUUGCCUGACGAUUGGCUUCCGAUCACGCAAUCCCGGACAGGGAACUCAUUCACCGCGGCAAUGCACUUGCUAUGCUCCGGAUUGGGUCUCCAAUCCCUUCUACUUCCCGUUGCUUUUCUUUCUCUUGGAUGGGUGUGGGGGAGUGUUUGUCUAGGGGUGAUGUUUGGGUGGCAAUUAUAUACGACUUGGAUACUUGUACAUCUCCACCAACCCCAACCUUGUUCUAAGCAAAUGACAGCAUCUCCUCGAUACAGCAGAUUUUUAGUCCUCUCCAUCGUCGCAUUUGGGCCAAAACUUGGGAAACUGCUGGCUGUAUUUCCGACAAUGUAUCUGUCAGGAGGAACAUGUGUGCUAUUCAUAAUCACAGGAGGAGGAAUCAUGGAAUUGCUCUCACAACUUCUCUUGUCUGAGCAUCAUCACGAUUCUUCUUCUUCCCCAAUAACCGGAGCUGAAUGGUUCUUGAUUUUCAUGUGCAUAGCCAUUUUGGUGUCCCAAUUCUUCCCAACAUUGGACUCCUUGGCUUCCGUCUCGUUGGUUGGUUCAGUCUCCGCUGUGAUCUGUUUUUCAUCAUUGUGGAUUGUUUCCAUCACCACCACCAAUCAUCAGCCCCUGCUCGCCCCCUCAUCGCCGGAAAUAUUAAAGUAUAAGAGUAUUCGCGGAAUUAUUGAUGCCCUUGGGAUGAUUGCUCUUACUUUCAGAGGCCACAAUCUAAUCCUGGAAAUACAGGGAACGAUGCCAACAAGCCAACAACGUCCAGCUCGCAACCGAAUGUGGAAAGGGGUCACAGCAUCAACUGUAGGAGUUGGGUUGUGUAUCUUCCCCUUGGCAAUCGGGGGUCACUUGGCUUUUGGAACUACUCCGGUUAGCAGCUUUGCAAUUUCUUCUUUGUUUUCAUUUUGGUUUUGUUUUGGAAACAGCUUUGCAUAUACAUAUGCACAAAAUACUUUAAUUUCAACUAUUAAUUAAAAGAUCAUCAAAUUUUGGCACAGAUGGGAGCAACUACCACAAAUGGCGGGAUCCUGGACGCAUUGACCUCCCAACUACUGUCAUCCCACAACCACAAAACUUCAUCCAAACACAAGUGGAUUCUCGCCACAAUUUACCUAACACUCCUGCUCCAUUUAAUCUGUGCGUUCCAACUGUACGCCAUACCGGCUUUCGACAACCUGGAAAGAGUCAUCUACGUGAGCAGGAAGAACAAGGCCUGCCCGAGAUGGGUUCGAUCCGCCAUACGACUCUUCUAUGGAGGGCUAACAUAUUUCAUAGCAGUGGCCUUGCCAUUCAUUGGGAGUUUAGGGCCCUUUUUUGGUGCAAUCUCACUCCCUCUCACUUUUGCUUAUCCUUGUUUCAUGUGGAUAGCUAUUGAGAAGCGUAAGAAAUCAUCACAUGGGUGGAAAUGGAUGAUGAUUAUUAUUAUUAAUUUGGGGGUUGGGUGUUUGGGUAUUGGGUUGAGUUUAAUGUUAGGUGCAGCUGCUUUGUGGAAUUUGGUGGAUUAUGGACUCGAUGCUAACUUCUUUAAGCCCCGCUGAUUUAUAAGCUAGGUAGCUCUAUAUUUUAUGUGCCUAGCCCACUGACUAAUUUACUUGCAAGAAUAAAGGGACUUCUCCAUAAAAUGUAGUCUAAUCGUAUGCGAAUGAGGUCUUCGUAUCGUGAUAAACUUUUAAGUGGAUUUUUAGAGGUUCAAAAAUCGAACACCAUCUGAGAUAUAAUGUAAACUUUCUCACAGGCACAAUUAAGUAUAUAUAUAGUGCAAAUAUUUUACUCUGAAC